AUGAAAGGCAUCCUCCUUACCUGUAUCAUCGCGGCACUUGUGGUAACAGCUGUAGAAUCCCUGAGUUGUGUGCAGUGUAAUUCAUUGACAAACUCCUGUGUCAACAGCAGCAUCACUGGGUGUCCCUCAAGUGCCAAUGUCAGCUGUACCAGUUUCUUGGCCAACUCUUCUCUAGCGGCAGCCAUUGCAUUAUAUCAGGAUAAGGCCUGCUCUGCAGAGAACUGCAGGGAAGGAAGAGACAUGGUUGAAGCUUUCACUGUCCACGUGUCUAGUGAAGAACGUUUUCACUUUACAAGCCAGUGUUGCCAAGGGAAGGAGUGUAAUGACACCAGUGAUGCUCUAGCUCCUCUACAGGAAGAUGUGUCCAACAACACAGAAUGUCUUGCAUGUUAUGGAUCUAAUGAAACUUCCUGUAGUGUGAAAUCCAGGAAAUGUUAUAAAGAAGAACGGUGUGUUAGUCUAGUUGCAGAAUUUAAGACUGAGUCUAAGACGCUUGUGCUGAAAGGCUGUUCCAACAUCAGUAACUCUACCUGUCAGUUCCUAUCUUCUGAGAACCGGACAAUUGGAGGAGUCAUCUUCCGAAAGUUUGAGUGUGUAGACAGUGCCAACACCUCCUCAACCUCCAUUCCCAAUGCAACCUUGACCACCCCUCCUGUUGGCAGCUCCUCAACACCCAUCUCCAAUGAGCCCACCACCCCAGCUAUGGGGUCCAAAGUCUCUUUCACCCCUGCAGCCUUUGCCAGCCUCCUUCUGCUGAGGCUGCUACUCUGAGAUUCAACUG